CUUUGACGAGGGUAGCGACGCCCACGCCUUUGAGAAGGCUUGCCAGGAGGCCAAUUGAAUGAGAAGAGUGGCGAUUGAUUCCUAUGCCUGCCGCAGCCAUGAAUUCCGCAUUAUACCUCCCCAGACGCUCCCUCUUCUCGUCCCUUGCCGGCUCCGCAACAUCCAGAAUUUCCAUUCCUUCACAUUCCCUAUACCAGCUGAGGCCCUUCUCCUCCUCCGGAAACCAAUAUGCGGCGAAAGGAACUUUCAAAGCUAUAAAGCCCCGGAUCCCGGCGCAGAUGAGCAUGAAAAACCGCGUCAAGGAGACUAUGAGCAGUGCCAAUCGAGACAUGAUACCAGACGACGUGGGAUUGCUACCAGGAACAUUCAUUAGACCUGCAUGGCGGAAUCUGCCUUCGAUAUUCAAAGACCCAAAGUUGAGGUUAAGAAUGGAGUGGAUGUCGUUGAAGAUGACCGUUGUGAACUUCAUUAGCAUAUUAUCAUACUGCAGAUUCAUAAAUAAGAAACUUCCGCUGAGGCUACGGGAGCGUAAGAGCCGAGCUCUUGAGCUACACAAACAGAUGUAUACUUCAUUCGCAAACGGUGAUAUAACCUCUCUCAAGAAGACCUGCUGCCAGGGCAUCUUCCAAAACUUCGCAGCCCGCAUUUCCCGCCGUCCACGUACCUCUCCCCGACUCCUCUGGACGCUCCACUCAUAUAAGAAGUUCCCGUUCGCUCUCACAUUCUCCGGCGCACAAGUCAUUUCUGAUCGUGCUGCAGCUCUUCCCGAAGCCAAAGGUUUCGGCAUUCGGCAAACUGUGAUCAGAAUACAGAGCAAGCAGUCACUCAUCACCCCAAGCUCUGGGGAAGAGCAGAACGCAGCGCAGCAGAGUGAGAAGCAACAGGAUUGCACAGAGUAUGUCGUUCUGCAGAGAUUCAUGCUCAAUGGGGAAGAUGGAGAUUGGAAGGUGUGGGGUUUGGCGGAAGAAACAACACCAGAGGAUUUGGAGACGGACCCGAUGUUUGCUCAGGGCUUGACCAUGAAGGAUCGGAUCGAGAUGUUGAGUAUGAGAUUUAAACAGUGAUUUGUAGUCACGGGAUCUCCGCUUUGCUUUAUUGUCGAAGUUGUAAACUUCGGCUGGCAUUGGAGUGCAAUCGAGCCUUGAAAAAAAGAGUGCCUAAAUGAAUCGUUAGGUAUGUCUCAUGUAUUAUAUAUCUAUUGUGUAUACUUUGGAAAUGAUAGCAAGCGAACAGGAGACAAUUUAUGAAAGUCUUCAGCCGCC